AAUAGAUUUAUGCCAUAAAAAUGUCAAAAUUUUCAUUGUGCCAAAUGUUUUAAGUAAAAGCUCUCGAGUCGAGUUUCGAUAAACGGUUAACAGUUCCGUACUCACCACGGCGCGCCUAACAGCACGCACCGCCGGCUGUGGUGCGUUCGCUGGAGCGGCAGUGUGGUCCCAGUUGUUGGAGCUUGCCGCAAAAUAGAAAACAAAACAGAUUGAAAAACACUGCAAACUACGAAAUUAAACGCCAUUAAUUUACCCGAUAAACCUUACCGAUGGCCGAUAAGCAGCGGCUAAGUGACCCGUAACACCCAGUGAUAAGAUCCAGAUAAGAUUGGAAUUGAAUUUGGGCUGUUUGGUAUCCGCAUGAAAUCGCCGCAAACGGAAUUCACUUGUACUCCAGCCGCAACGCCGUUCAAGACGCCAAAUUUGAGCCAGAAAUCAAGAAAUUCACACACACACACCUCUACAACGGCAGCAUGCCCGACUACGUACCGGCACGGGGCUUCAAGGAGAUGGAGAAUCUGAUCAAGCUGUACGAGAACCAGCGCAGCCCUAUCUACAUCUACUUCUAUGGCGAGAAGGACAAGGCCGGACGCAGCUGGUGUCCGGACUGCGUGGCGGCCGAGGACACUAUCAUGAGUGCCUUCCGCACCCACGCGCCGGCGGAGUGCAUGAUCCUGGUGGUGGACGUGGGCAACCGAGAGUUCUGGAUGGGCAAGGACAACGUGUUCCGAAAGCCGCCCUACUCGGUGGAGGGCAUACCGACACUCAUACGCUGGAAGGGCGUGGAGCGCCUGGAUGGGGAUCAGCUGCUCAAGAUGAGUCUGCUGGAGCUCUUUUUCGAGGAGACCGAUCCGAAGAAGUCUGCUUUUGUCGCUCAAUAAAAUGCGAAUUGGCUUAAA